AUGGAUCUUUCGACCACUACUCCAGCCUUCUUCAGGGAGCCCAAUCCCAUCGAACAGCAAGCUUACCAGUUCCAUGGCGUUCACCCAGCGCUCGACGGCUCGGCUUCACAGUUGCAAGCGCCGUAUGGGCAGUUUAUGACAGACCAAAACCACGUGUUGCAUCCACCCAAUCUGCCUGAAGGAUAUCCCACCCACGCGCCCCAGAAUGCAGGUUAUUUUGGUGAUAUUGGCCAUAUUGGCGAUACCCAAACCAUGCCCGCAACUUCCAUGGGCCCACCCCCCAAGCGUCGAAAGAAAAAGGCCCCGACCCUGCGCGCCGAGGCUUGGGAGCCAUACAAAGCUCGAAUCCUCGAGCUUCAUGUUACGCAGAAGCUAUCACUGGGGAUGGUUAAGAAGAAGAUUGAGGAGGAGUUUGGGUUUACUGCUGAGAUACGUCAGUAUCGAACACGCAUAAGCCAAUGGGGGAAGGACAAGAACAUCAAGCGAGUGGAGAUGGAGGCAAUUGUCAGGAAACAACAACAAAGGAAGCUCGCUGAUAGCGACAAAAGGGAGCUAGCCUUCACGGUCCGAGACAGGACGGUGGAACAACAUAAGAUUGACCGAUGGAUGAAGAGUCAUAAGGUCCCUCAAGAUCUCUUGUAUGCUCCUAGUCCCGUGGCAUUAUCGGUACAAACAAACGGACGAAGAGCGUCUGCGAGAAGAAAUGUCUAA